GUGGCCAUUUAAAUUCACAAGAAAAACAACAAGAAGAAGGGUUAUAUUGAAUUUCGUGAUAGCAUAUAUAUAGUAUAUACCUAUUACCUAUAUUUAUGUGUGUGUGUGCAUAUGUUGGGGUUUAUUGUUUUAUCCAAAAACCCCCUUAUUGAUCAACCGGGUUAAACUCGGUGUGGUGGUAUCGGUGGGCCAUGGUGGUGACGUCGUCGUCGUUGUCAUCGUUGUCAUCGUUGACAUACAAGCGUGCUCUUGGACUAAAUUUCAUUUUGUUUAAUACUUAUUUGUUGUGACUUGUGUGUGAUAGACAAUAUAGACAAUAAGACCAUCAACAUUGUUAUUUAAUUUAAAAAAAAAUAAAAAGGUAUAUUAAGUUGGCUCCCAUCAUUAGCUUUUGUUUUUUUUUUUUGUUUUUUUUUUGUUCACUAUCUUUCAUGCCUUAUUUGGCAUUGCUUAUGUCAGAGUGAUAAUAAUCAAGAGUUUUUAAAAUAGACAAAUUUCAUUUGAGAUAAACAUAUGUAGUAAAAUAAAUCAAAGAAAAAAAUAAAAUAAAAAAUAGACAGGAUUAAGAGGAUGACAUGCCAUCGACCAACAAGAAAAAAACGUGAUAGUUUUGUGACAGAGUGACAGAAUCAUUGGCGACUUAUUCGCUUUAUAUUUGGAUUCAAUGCUUCUCUUUAGUUCCUGACAAACGACAAAGCAUACAUAAAGAUAUACGUGAGUAAGGAUGGGUAGUUCUUGGUGGCAGUGUACUGCCUGUCUUAGAGCACAGGAAGAAGACAUUUGUGAGCUUCAACUAAAUCAUUGCAAUCUGUAUGAUGUACCAGGAGAUGUAUUUAUUUAUGAAAGAACAUUGGAGCAACUUUAUUUAGAUGCCAAUAGAAUAAAAGAUUUGCCAAGACCAUUAUUUCAGUGUCAUGAAUUACGUGUAUUAUCACUGAGUGACAAUGAAGUUACUUCAUUACCACCAGCAAUAGCUUCACUUAUAAAUCUUGAACAUCUUGAUUUAUCUAAAAACAGUAUAAAAGAAUUACCAGAUAGCAUAAAAGAAUGUAAAAAUUUACGUUCAAUUGAUCUUAGUGUUAAUCCAUUUGAAAGAUUUCCUGAUGCAAUAACACAUAUUAUUGGUUUACGUGAAUUGUAUAUUAAUGAUGCAUAUAUUGAAUAUUUACCAGCAAAUUUUGGUAGAUUAUCAGCAUUAAGAACACUUGAAUUACGUGAAAAUAAUAUGAUGACAUUACCAAAAAGUAUGAGUAGAUUAACAAAUCUUCAACGUCUUGAUAUUGGUAAUAAUGAUUUUACUGAAUUACCAGAAGUUGUUGGUGAUCUUACAAAUUUAACUGAAUUAUGGAUUGAUGGUAAUGACAUACGUAGAAUACCAGUUAAUAUUGAACAACUUUAUCGUUUAAAUCAUUUUGAUUGUACAAUGAAUGCUGUACAUGAUAUACCAACAGAAAUACAAGGAUGGCGAGACAUAUCAAUUAUGAAUUUUUCAUCAAAUGAAAUAUAUCAAUUACCAGAUUCAAUAUGUUAUUUACGUACAAUUGUAACAUUAAAAAUUGAUGAUAAUCAAUUGAAUUCACUGCCAGUUGAAAUUGGACAAAUGUCAAGUUUAGAAGAACUUAUUGUAACAAAAAAUUUUUUGGAAUUUUUACCAUCAUCAAUUGGAUUAUUACGUAAAUUACAUUGUUUAAAUGCUGAUAAUAAUUAUUUACGUUGUUUACCACCUGAAAUUGGUAGUUGUAAUGCAUUAUCAUUAUUAUCAUUAAGAUCAAAUAAUUUAACAGAUGUACCACCUGAACUUGGACAUUUAUCAUCACUUCGUGUACUUAAUCUUGUUAAUAAUUGUAUACAAUUUUUACCAGUAUCAAUGCUUAAUUUAACUAAUCUUAAAGCAUUAUGGUUAAGUGAUAAUCAGAGUCAACCAUUGGUGCCUCUACAACAAGAAUUUAAUCAUGAAGAAGAUAUGAUGAUACUAAGUUGUUUUAUGCUGCCACAAAAACAAAGAAAAGAACUUGAAAAAAUGGAGCAAGCAGUGGGUCCAAUAUCCGGUUCAAUUGUUGGAACUGGAAGAAAAAUAUGUUUUGCAGCUGAGGUUGAAAUUGAACUCCCUAGACAACUUCAUCGAGCACCAACUCCAUAUCCAAAAGAACUUCGUAAUUUAGCAAGACAUGCAAGAAAUUUACAUCAUCAAUCUAUGCACGAUCAAAGAACCCACUCGGAGCAUGAAGAAGGAAUGGUUAAAGAAGCUGUCGUUGCAAAAUCAACACCAACCCUUAAUACAAUUAAUCAUCAUCAACAGCAAUCUCCAAGUGAUAAUAAACAAAAUCCAGAUGCUCUAAAUCUUGUUGAACCAAUUGAAGAAAUUAAUCGUACUAUAUUAGCACAAAAAACAUUACCUGAAAUACGUGAAGCUAAAUGUGUUAAAAAUCCAGGUAAUAAUGAUUUACAAUUAAAACCACCAACAAUUGCUGAUUAUGUUAGUUCAACAUGGAAACCAGAAGAAUAUUCUAAAACAAAUACAGCUAAAAUUGUAGAAUCAGAAAAAUUUACUGAACCAUAUAAAAAUAAUAAUAUAUGUGAUCAAAGUACAAUUAUUGAUUUAUCUGGUAAAAAAUUAGAUACCCCAUUAUCACCACCACCCUAUCAUAUUGCUGCUGCAUUUUCAAAAAAAGCUGCACUAUUUCAACAAUUGAAUCGUUCAUGUGUAGAUGAUAUUACACCAUCAUAUACACAUACAGACAAUCAUACACUUAAUAUUAAUAAUGAUAAUAAUAAUAAAAUACAAAUGCAAUCAUCAAAAAAUAAUCAAAAUAAUCAAAAUGAUAUUAUUAAUAAUAAUCAUGAUACUGUUGAUAGUGGUUUAAAUAAUAAUAUUAAAUUAAAUACAUCAAUUGAUAAUACUGCUAAUAUUAAUAAUAAUAAUAAUAAUAAUAAUAAUAAUAAUGGUAAUAAUAAUUAUUAUUUUAAAGAAGAUAAACCAAGUAGAAUACCAAUUUUAAAAUGUAAAAAUAAUGAGGGUAGUAUUUGUGAAAGUGAAAAUAGUUAUUAUGGUGAUAAAAAUGGUGUAUGUUUAAAUUUUGAUGAAUCAGAUAAAUGUCAUGAAAUAUUGAGUGAAAUAGAUAUUCCAACAUCACCAGUUACUGGAAGAAAAUAUAGAAGUCCAUUGUCAUCAGCACAUAAUCAAUUGAGACACUCUGAUAGAUCAAAAAAAUCAAAUGGUAGUAUUAAAAAUGAUGGAUUAAAUAUGGAUUUGAAUAAUUCAAUUGAAUUACAUAAUGAUAAAAAUUCUGGUAGAAGUACUCCAUUAUCAAAUAAUAAUGAUUCGUUGGAUAUUAAUGGAUUAAAAGUUAAUGGAUAUAAUAGUCCUGGUGAUAAAAAACCAAAACUUAAAUGGAUGUUUGGACCACAUAAAAAUGUCAGUGUGUUACCGGUACAAGUGAGAAAAAAUCCUGGACUUGGAUUUACAAUAUCUGGUGGGAUUGCUGGAAAUGAAACAGGUAUUAUUGUAACAAAAGUUAAUCCAGCUGGUCCAGCUCAAGGAACACUUAAACCAGGUGAUAAAAUUCUCGAAGUUGAUGGUAUUGAUUUGACAAAAUCAGAUCAUGAUUCAGCUGUUGGAAUACUUCGCUCAACUGGAUCAAUCGUAUCAAUGAUGAUAAGUCGACCUCAGUGAAAUUAAAGAUUCCACUAAAAUAACCGGAUAGAUUUCAGGUUUUUUUUUAAAUAACAAAAUUAUUAUUACUAUCUUUUUCUUCUUCUCUAUCUAGACUGAUAAUUAUAUCAAAUUCCAAUAAAGCAUCACUGAUACUAUUUUUCAUUCAAGUCUCAAUUAUCAAAAAGAAAUUUAAUUGAUGAAAAAAAAAAAAAAAUUCGCUGAUGCUUUAUUGCUAUAAUAACUAUAAAAAAAAAUCCAAGUAUUUUAUUCCAGUCGUUAUUGGAACCAUGCACAAAUGUACCUUUUUGUAAUGAUCCUUUGAUGGGGUGACUUUCUAUAUUCUUCGUAGUUUUUUUACGAGAAAUUUAAUGGACAAAAAAAAAUGAUAUAUGACGCGCACAUUUUAACACAUAUCUCUAUAUUUUUCUUGAGCGAUAUCUUGACACCUUACACAAACAAAAAAAAUUUAAUAUAUGAGUUUUAAAAAAAAAGCUAUAAUAUGAGUAUCAUUUGAUACUUUUAUUUUUAAGAAACUAGAUAAUGUCUUAAAGACAAAAUUAAAAGCAAUAGUAUGACUGAGAAAAAUUUAAUGAAAAAAAUAAAUCGUGAAUCCUAAAUUUAUAUUAUUAUUAAAAAAUAAAAAAUGAUUGAUUGGAAAAUAACAGAGUAAUAUGUUUAAAAAAAAAAAGAAAGAAAUUUAUAAAUAUUCUUCUAAUGUGCCGUACUUAAAAAUUGAUAUUAUAUUAGUGUUAUAAAGUGUACGUUUCGCACUGUUGUAAACUGAUUCAUACUUUUAUGACUGUUUAUAUAAGCAAUAAUUUUAAUUAUGAAAAUUUACAUAAUCAAUUAGAAAUUUAUGUUUGUUUGUUUAGAAAAAAAAAAAGCUAUUUACUUUUUUUUUUUUUUGUUUUAUAAUUUGCUCAAAUGAUUUUUUUUUUUUUUUAAACAAAAAAAAUUUAUUGGCUGUUGUGUGUUUACUUGCCAUUAUUAAAUUCAAAAUAUUUAUAUAUCAAUUAGUUAUGUUAGGAUUUAUUAUAUCUAUAGUUUAAUUAAAUUAUGCAUUUUCAAUUUUUUAUUUUUAACAAAAAAAAAAACUAAUAAAUAUAAAAAAAAAUUGUUUUUUGUUUUUAUAAAAAAUUUUUUAUACUUUUUAUGGUUUUUAUUUUGUGUGUUUAUUUUUUUUGGAUAUGGGUAAUACGUUUAUUGAGUUGUUUGUUGAUUAUCAUAUAUCAAAACGUGUACCUAAUUAGAGAGAGAGAAAAAAAAAGUAACAAAGGUAACACAGGAAAGCCACUAUCAAAAGGCUCGAAACUAUGAGACUAAAAUUAAUUUAAAAAAAUCAAAAAAAAAAAAAACAAAAUUUAAUGUUUAAACUUCUUAACUUUUCAAAUAUUUCUCAUGCCCAGUAAAAUAUUUUUAGGUGAUGAAAGAAUUCCACAAGAAUCGAUUUGCAGUUAUAUAAAAGAAAAAGAAAUAAAAAAUAAAAAAUAAAAUAGAAGAAUGCUGAUGAAUAAUUUAGCCAGAAAUCCCAAUAAAUUUAGUUUUAAAAAAAACUUUCCGGUGAUACGAUAAAGUAAAGUUUCACGUGAAUAAUUUAGUUAAAACCAGAAAGAAGAAAAUAUAUAUAUUGAAAUGAGAGAGUAAAGAAAAAUAUAUUAGAUUGAUUGUCAUCGGACGUUAGUUGAAUAUCGAUGAAAGAUAAAACAUUGUUCACGUUUGUCUUCCAGCUCGGCUGGACCAAAAUAUUAUAUAUUACUUCGUGUGUUGUUGUAUAGCAAUAAAUAGCUGAUAAGAAAAAAAAAAAAAAAUUUAAAGAAAAAGAAAAAACGGUAAAAGAUGAUCCUAUUACUGCAUUUGAUGUUUUAUUAUCGGUUUCAAUUUCGUCUUGAUCACAGACAUAAAUCAAAAAUAAAAAAUAAUAAUAAAAAGAAAAUAAAUAAAUAAGUCAAGCAUUUAUUAAAGCGUUCAAUAACAUAGAUUAUUAGUCAUUGUUCUUGUCGCUCUCUUACAUAUUAUAUGUUGCAUUAUCUAUUUAUUAUUCUGUAUUAGUAUUUUAUUCGUCAUUUAUUUAAAACAUCUGCGUUAUUGUUGAAAAAAAAAAACACUGCAACCAAUCAAAUCUUAAUAAUUAUUGAUAGCUUCGUUGGCCCUUUAAUUGUUGAUUAAUUAAUUGAAUCAUACGUUAGACAAGUUAAAAAAAAAAAAACAAUAAUAGCUCUAAAAUAUCUACUUGAUUUUUUUUUCCUUUAAAUGUGUUAAUAGGAAUCAUAAUUUUGAUUUAAAAAAAAUAAACAAUAACAACUCUGUAUAUAUAUUACAAACGAGAAAAAAAAAAAACAAUCUCAACCAAUACCUCUUCAACUUCAAAUUAAACAGACUGACUAUGUUUUUU